AUGGAGGGCACCGGCGCGGCGGCGGCGGAGGAGGAGGAGGAGAGCGGAGUCGGUCCCGGAGCCCCUCCGCCGCCGCCCCCGCCCACCCCGGCCGCCCCCUGCGGUUUCAGCUCCUCCCUCUGCUUCAGCGCCGCCGCCGCUGGCGAGACGGUACCGCCCGCCGCCGGCGGCCGAGUGGUAGAGAACCAGUGGGAGAUCAGCACCACCGCCGGGACUGCGGCGGCGGCAGAGGAGGAGGAGGGGGCGGUAGGGACGCGGGAGCGGCCGGCGGAGGAGCCCGACCUGGUGAUCGAGGUGUCGGGGCGUCGCAUCCGAGCGCACAAGUCCGUGCUGGCGGCCAAGAGUGACUACUUUCGUGCCCGCGCCUCACGGGACGUCCUGCGGGUGAAGGGAGUGAGCUACGGGGCGCUGCGGCUGCUCAUCGACUAUGUGUACACUGCCCGCAUGGGCGAGGUGCGGCACGACAACCUGGCCGAGGUCGUGAGCGGCGCCCGCGUCCUCCAGAUGCCUUGUGCCCUACACUGUGCCGCCGAGGCCAUGCGCGCCCAGCUCCGCCUCGACAACUGCUACCAGCUCCUUUGCCUGGCCAAGAAGCAGCGGCUGGCGGAGCUGCGGGAAGCUGCUUACCGCUUCAUGAGCGACCACUACCUGGAGGUGCUGCGGGAACCCGGUGUCUACGGCCGUCUCAGUGGGACCGAGAGGGACCUCAUCCUGCAGCGGCGGAUGGAGGCGGGCCGGCCCUGCUUGCUGGUGGCCGAGGUCAGCGACGCCUUCGAGCGGCCGGGCGGCAGCAGCCGGCCUCAGAGCCGCGAGAGCAGCCGGCCGCAGAGCCCCUCUUCCGUGGUGUCGCUGGAGGAGAGCGGCUCUCUCAUCCACUGCUACCAGGAGGACAGCGGUGAGUGGAGGGUGCUGACGCGCCUGCCCGAGGAGGCCAACGCGAAGGGCUGCGCCAUGUGUGUCCUCCAUAACUACCUCUUUCUGGCCGGGGGCAUCGCGGCAGGGCCGGCGGGCAGCGAGCCCCGGGCACGCCUUUCCGACAAGGUCUUCUGCUACAACCCCCUCACUGACACUUGGAGCCAGGUGCGGCCACUGGCUCAGGCCCGGUCGCAGCUCAAGCUGCUGGCCCUGGAUGGCUACCUCUACGCCGUGGGGGGCGAAUGCCUCUUCACCGUGGAGAGGUACGACCCGCGGGCUGACCGCUGGAGCCCUGUCGCACCCCUGCCCAAGGGCGCCUUUGCUGUAGCUCAUGAGGCCACCACGUGCAACGGGGAGAUCUACGUGUCAGGGGGCUCCCUCUUCUACCGCCUCCUCAAGUAUGACCCCAAGCGUGACGAGUGGCAGGAGUGCCCUUACAACAGCAGCCGCCGGCGCUCUGCUGACAUGGUGGCCUUCAAGAGCUUCAUCUACCGCUUCGACGUGAGCAGCGGCCGCGGUGGGGAGCAGGGCCCGGGUGGUGGGACGAGUGGCGGCAUUGAAGUUUUCCGGUACAACACGGUGGCCAAGUGCUGGAGCCAGUGCGCCAGCCUGCGGCCCAGCGGCGGCCCCAUCCAGCCCUUCCGCUGUGCACCCCUGGGCAACACCAUCUACUGUGUCAACCGGACCGGAACCCUCCGCUUCAGUCUAGCCCAGGACGGCGAGGUGGAAGCAGAUGGUGGGCUCAAGGGCACCUUUGAUGGGAAGCUUCUUAAAGCUCCCUUGGAUGCCAAGGGUGUCCUCCUACCCUUUGUGCUCACCCUGCCUGAGAGGCUGGACAAAGCAGGGGACCAGGAGGGCUCCCUGCCGCUGUGAGGUGGCCAGCCUGGCUCUGGCCUCCCAAGCUGUAAAUGGAGUUGCAGCUGUGGGGGACCCACAAAUUCCCCCCUACAGAUGGGACCCUCUCUGGUGUGUCUGUCGAGAGAAGGGACUCCUGCUUUCCUGUACUCCCAAAAUACUGAACUCUGGAGCCGCUUGGUUGUAACACAGUUGUAACUCUUGUUUUCUGUGCUUUGUGUGAAAAGCCAAGCACAUGAGAGGAGAAGCUGCUAUAAAGAAUAAUCUCUGUAUUAUGUUUGUACCAAUUCCCAAUCUGAGAUAAACUUUUUUACACCUAGUUUUCUAAAAAUUCCUAACAGCAGUGUCACAAUGGGCAAUUACUGUUAGUGUCGGUUGCACAUUUAUACAUAGUUGCAAUCUGGGCUGGAGCCUUUUCUGCCAUUUCUUUUCUUUCUCCCUGGGAUGGAUAUCGAGGGAUAAACACUGCUGGCAAUGUAGCUUAUCUGCAUUUGUUUUUAUGUUAAACCAACCAUUUCCAGUGUUAGAAAAGUAUUGGAAGAUCAUCUCCAUCACAGCCUUUCAUUUUUGGUGCAAUUGAUGGUUUAAGGAAGACAUGGCACUGUGUGGUCCUGGGAAUUUUAACCCCAAAUGAUUUAACAGAUACCAGACUUCAAGUUCUCAGUAACACAAAUGUGUGGCACAUAUUUGUAUUAGGAAUACAAAAAGGAGGAGAAAAAAAAAGAAGGAGAAAAAAAAAAAAGGCAAGCUGCCUUUAAAAAAUGUGGCAUGUUAUAGCAGAUAUAAAACAUUGAUAUGUUCUUUAUUUGAAAAAGUGGUUACUGUAUAAAAAUGCAUCAAUUUCCUUUUU